AUGGCAGAAUUUAAGGGUUACGCCCUCACUGAUCCCUCCGCAUGGAGCACGCUCGACUUGGUCUCGUUCACUCCCAAGACAUUCCGAGAGGACGAUGUCGAGGUCGCGAUCACGCACUGCGGAGUCUGUGGGUCCGAUAUCCAUAUGCUCACGCAGGGAUGGGGGAAGAUCAAACUACCCCUGAUUGUCGGUCACGAAAUCGUCGGUAUCGUGACACGCGUCGGUGCCCAGGUCAGUGAGUUUAAGCCGGGCGACCGUGUCGGCGUCGGCGCACAAGUCGCUAGCUGCGGGAAGUGCGCGUUCUGCGCGGAAGACAACGAGAACUACUGCAUGGAUGGAACGGUGCACACCUACAACGACGUAUACCCAGACGGGGUGAACACCCAGGGCGGCUACUCGACAGGCAUUCGCGCACACCAGCAGUUCGUGUUCAAGAUCCCAGACGAGAUCGAGCUGAAGGACGCUGCGUCGAUGUUCUGUGCCGGUCUGACUGUCUUCGCACCCUUGUACCGACACGGAGCUGGCCCAGGGAAGAAGGUCGGCGUCAUGGGUAUCGGCGGUCUCGGGCACUACGCCAUCAUGUUCGCGAAGGCAUUGGGUGCGGAGGUCUAUGUCUUCACGCACAGCCCGAGCAAGGCCGACGACGCGCGGAAGAUGGGCGCAGACCAUAUCGUCGACACGCACGACGAGGGUUUCCAAAAGCCGUACGCCGGCAAGCUCGACAUCUUCAUCUCGACCAUCGACGUCUUCCGCCCCGACCGGCCAUUGCGCACCUACCUCUCCAUGCUCCGCGUGCACGGCAAGUUCGUGAACGUCGGCCUCCCCGACGCCGACAACCCGCUGCCGCCCAUGCAUGCGUUCGACCUGCAGACGAACGGCGGUUUCAUGGGCGGGUCGCACCUCGGCUCGAAGACUGACUGCUAUGCCAUGUUGAAGCUGGCCGCGGAGAAGGGGAUCAAGCCUUGGGUGCAGGAGUUGCCGAUGAGCCAGGUGAAGGCAGCGCUUGAAGCCGUGAAGAAGGGCGACGUCAAGUACCGAUACGUGUUGACGCAGGACAUUCUUCCUGUACCCACGUAGAUUCGAGUGCAUUUUCGGAGGAAUAGACGGAGGGGGUGCUUAACUAGAGAAGUACUUUCGAAAGAUGUUUCGGCGAC